GUCGCAGGUAUUUCCUAGUACCUGGCUCAGCUGUCUCCAAACCAGUCAAGACCAUGGCAGUCCUCGGCUCCACACUGCUGCCACUCGGGCUGUUUCUAUGCUUCGGACUGCUGUGUUCUUCUGCCAGCUCUGCAGGUGAAACUGACAAAUGCAUGUUCUUCAGUGAGGUCACCACCACUGGCCCAGGCAUCAUGGUCAAUUCAGAUGUCUAUGACAGCAACAGAAACUACACAGUAUGGGUUCCUGUAAAUGCCAAUAUCAGCUCUGUGGUCCUGCGAGCAGUGGAUGAGAACAACACCUCACUAGGCCUCUGGGAAAAAGCAGACGAGCUUUGCAACAGCAGCGCCCUGUAUCACCUGGAGAACUUGAAUGACAAGCUCUUCACAGCAAACUGGGUAUCUCCUAACUCCGAAAACAUAACCACAAUCGAGCUACAAGCCUUUGCUAUCAAUUUCUACAACAUGGCUACAUUUUCUUCUCUGCAACUAAGAAGAAAAGAGACAACCAGCUCCCAGAUAUCCACAACCAGGACAACCCCAAGCCCAAACCCAAUGACAGGACACAUCUCUACAACCAGGACAACCCCAAGCCCAAACCCAAUGACAGGACACAUCUCCACAACCAGGACAACCCCAAGGCCAAGCCCAAUGACAAGACAUAUCUCCACAACCAGGACAACCCCACGCCUGACUCCAAGGACAACCAGCUUGGCCAACAAAACCUUCCUAUGCCCCAUCACAAGUGCCAUUCAGAUCCUGAUAGUCUUUCUCACCAGCAAACUCCUCUCCUAGAAGGAAGCUAGGAAAAUAAUUAUUCCUGCCUCCUCUGCAUCUCCUACAUUGAGUUCCAAGCCAGGGCUCUGACAGGUGUGCGAAUGAAGACUUUACAUUCUCAAAUGUACAACUCUACUGCCACUGCUUUGGACAAAAAAACAGAGACUUGGGAUCACUUGGUGGAGGGUAGCUAGUUCACUCACUGGUGGACGUGUAGCACACAGAUGUUCAACUGGAUCUCUCAGGACACAAAUUAGGGUUUUUUGUGGUUUUUGGUUGUUGUUGUUGUUAACUACUUAGACCUGGUCUGGGUGUAACCUGGAAUUCUGGCUUUCGAUUUCACAUGCUGACAGCCAAUUCCAUGACCAAUGUAAACUUUUGUUCGCUGCCAAAUGAUUUCUCCACGCCCCAGUCUCUGUGGGAAAAAACCUUUCCUCACUUGCAAGAUGAUCUCAGAUUUCUGACCAAACCCACUCAGGUUACACUGAGGUUCUAUGUCUCAUGUCACUCAACAAGGAAAGGAGAAAGGAAUAGCCCUGAUGCUAUUGGCCACACCAGUAGCAUGUGAAGGGCUAGAGAAAAGGAAUGUACAAGUCUGAGCAACCUAAAAUGGGGAAUUACUAUGGUAUAAAAUACAUUAUCUUUUUGUCAUACCAAAUAAGCUAUAUUUCAAACAAGAAUAAUGAAUGUGUUAAAUCCAAAUACAAGUCUUUAGUGAGUGGUUACUCUAAAAGUACAAAAUACUAUCUGAUUUUACUCAUGUAUGUGAACAUUAAAAAAAAAAAUUAACAGAA